UAUCUUUGGCAAAAAAAAAAAAAAAAACCUUAAGCAUUGAGAUUAACAGAACGACGCCGUUGGGUCAACGAUGGUGGCAAUAGAAUACCUGAGAAUUAACCACGUCGAACUUCAUCCCGGUGUUUGAAAUCACGAACAAACGUCAUAUUCUCUGCUUUCACAUUUCAACAAGUACAAUUCAAAACCAUGCCUCCGACGACGACAACGACCGCACCGUCGUUUCUAUCACCGACACAGAGAUACGCGGCGGGAGCAUUAUUCGCAAUAGCUGUUCACCAAGCUCAAAUCCAUCAAACUCGACCUCUCGGCUUCUCCGUUGAUUUUGACCCAACGCAACAACAAGACGGUGAUCGCAUUAGCAGCAGUAGCAGUAACAGCAGCGACUCCGUUUCCAACGACCCUGAACUUUGGGUCCACAAGGAUUCCGGCCUGCUCCGACCCGUUUUCAGAUUUCUAGACAUUGACCCGAACGCUUGGCUUGGUCUUGAAGAAACUGCAGGCUCAUCUCCAGCUAAACAUCAUGUUGGAGCUUUUCUAAGGUUACUUUCGGAAGAUAAUGAUCUCGAUGAUGAUGCUACGUCUUCACAACAUUCUGAUCAUGAACUUGCAUUGUCGAAAGCUGUUGAUGUUAUCUCACAGAACAUGGAAACACCCUCUGUUUCUUCUCAAUCCAAGAAAGAAAAGCAUAAGGAGUACGAGAACGAGUGUCGCGAAAAGUUGUCAAAUGAUGAGGUUCAGUCGGAUACUGAAGCGGCUAAAAAGUUAUUAGAGACUGCACAAGAGAGGCGUGAACAGGUGGAAUUGAACUCUGAUGAAGCGAAUGAUUGGAUAGAAACAGCGGCAAAGAGGGACGGUGUUUUGGCUGGUGUUAGUGGAGCUGAUGAGAAACCUAUUGAAGAGGAAAAGAUGCUUAGCUAUCAUAGGAAAAUUACUGUUCUUUAUGAGAUUCUUUCUGGCUGUUUGGCUGAUAAACGUGAUGAUAGUGGUAAGAAAAAAUGUACUCGGCGAAGAAAGGGUUAUGAUGCUAGACACCGUGUCGCUACAAGAUUGCUGGCUACUUGGCUUGAUAUCAAGUGGAUUCAAAUGGAAGCCAUUGAAACAAUAAUUGCUUCCUCAGCAAUGGCUGUAGCAAAGGAGGAAGAGUCAAAGGAAGAAGCAAGUCAGUCAACUAAAGGCAAAUGGGCUAAAUGGAAGCGUGGAGGUAUUAUUGGUGCAGCUGCCAUAACAGGAGGAACACUGAUGGCUAUUACUGGAGGAUUAGCCGCCCCAGCAAUUGCUGCAGGAUUUGGUGCUUUGGCUCCAACUUUGGGCACUCUUAUUCCUGUGAUCGGAGCAAGUGGCUUUGCUGCUGCUGCUAGUGCUGCAGGAACAAUUGCUGGUUCUGUUGCCGUUGCUGCAUCUUUUGGAGCUGCUGGAGCAGGACUUGCAGGUACCAAAAUGGCCAGGAGAACUGGAAGCAUUGAUGAAUUUGAAUUCAAAGCUACAGGGGAAAACCAUAAUCAAGGCCGAUUAGCUGUUGAGAUCAUGGUCUCAGGAUUUGUAUUUGACGAGGAAGAUUUUGUACGGCCUUGGGAAGGACAUAUUGAUAAUUUGGAGAGGUAUGUGCUGCAGUGGGAAUCUAAAAAUCUAAUUGCAGUGAGCACUGCAAUUCAAGAUUGGCUCACUUCAAGCAUUGCAUUGGGUUUAAUGAAGCAAGGUGCUAUGAUGACUGUGUUGAGCACACUUUUGGCUGCAUUGGCCUGGCCAGCAACAUUACUUGUAGCUACUGAUUUUAUAGAUAGCAAGUGGUCGGUUGCUAUUGACAGAUCGGACAAAGCAGGGAAACUUCUAGCUGAAGUGCUAUUGAAAGGAUUACAUGGGAACAGGCCUGUGACACUUGUGGGUUACUCUUUAGGAGCUAGAGUGAUUUUCAAAUGUCUGGAGACUUUGGCUGAGACUGAACAUAAUGCUGAAGUUGUAGAAAGAGUUGUUCUUCUUGGAGCCCCCAUCCCUAUCAAAACUGAGAAGUGGGAAGCCGCAAGAAAGAUGGUAGCCGGGAGAUUUGUGAAUGCAUAUUCUACGAAUGAUUGGAUUCUUGGAGUUGCAUUUCGUGCUAGUCUUCUUACUCAAGGAUUAGCAGGAAUUCAACCAAUUGAUGUUCCAGGAAUCGAGAAUAUUGAUGUUACUGAUACAAUUGAAGGGCACUCUUCCUAUCUAUGGGCUACGCAAAAAAUACUGGAAAGACUUGAAUUGGAUGCCUAUUAUCCCGUUUUCAUGAGCUCUGUCCUCCAAUCGAAUAUCCUACCGAUUCCGGUCAUACUAGAGGACUCGAGGACACAGAAUCAAACACCCUACUGAUUCUUGCUGCAAUUGCUUGGAUGGAGAAUGCUUCAAAUGUUAGCAUCUUGUGUUUCUGGUUCAGGCUAAGCUGAUUUCUGACAGAUUUUAAUGGUUGGAUCAUUUUCUUGCCCUUCUUGUACAUAUUGCCUAUUACAAGUUUCUGUAAUGGUGCCAAAAACUUAAAUAUAUUAAUGAAAAAAUAUUGUUAAUAGUUUUAGCUUCUACUCUAGCCAUUGGAAUAGUAACCUAACUCUUCUUGUACAUAUGUGUUGUAAUUUAAUACUUCCUUUGAUUUUAAUUUUUACUAUAAA